GAACCUUGAUGUCCAACAAGAAAUAUGAAAACGUCAAAGUCGUUAUUUUCCCGGUCUUUUCCAAACUUGAUUUCUCCGCUUACUUAUUUGUUUUCUUCCAAGUCAAUAAACCCUAAUUCUAUUCUCCCAAAUGCUACCCAUUUCCUGAACCAAAUUCCUUACAAUUUUCGAUCCGUAACGAAUUUCGUUAACCCGCAGCUGCAGCUCGAUCAUUUCUCACCAUCAGCAACCGAUUGUUUUCGCGGAACUGAUUUCAAUUACACAUUAUUGAGCAACAAGGGUAUCAAUAUGAGCCUUAUAGAAGCAAAUUAUGGUCUAAUGAAAGCAGAAUCAUCGACAGAAUUUGUUCACCACAUAGCCCUAUUUGCAGCACUUCUGUGUGCAUGCAUUGUAAUCGGUCAUCUUCUUGAAGAAAGUCGAUGGAUGAAUGAAUCUAUCACCGCUCUUGCAAUUGGUUUAGGCACAGGAUGUGUUAUUUUACUAACGUCUGGUGGUACGAGCUCGCACAUAUUGGAAUUCAAGCAGGAGUUUUUCUUUAUAUAUCUUCUUCCGCCAAUUAUAUUCAAUGCCGGGUUCCAGGUUAAAAAGAAACAGUUUUUCCAAAACUUCACGACUAUUACCUUGUUUGGAGCCAUCGGCACAUUGAUAUCCUUUGCCAUUAUAUCAUUCGGCGCAACACGUUUGUUUCCUAAACUGGGCAUCGGUUAUCUUCACAUGAAGGAUUAUCUUGCACUUGGAGCCAUCUUUUCUGCAACCGAUUCUGUUUGCACCUUGCAGGUUCUUAAUCAAGAAGAAACACCGUUAUUAUACAGUCUAGUGUUUGGCGAGGGCGUUGUUAAUGAUGCCACAUCGGUUGUACUUUUCAAUGCAAUUACAAAAUUUGAUAUAUCGGACAUGAACACUUUCACGGCCCUUAAAUUUGCCGGAAAUUUCUUGUCGUUAUUCGUAUUAAGUACUUUUCUGGGAGUUUUGGUUGGGUUGCUUUGUUCAUUCAUUAUUAGAACACUGUAUUUUGGAAGGAAUUCAACGGAUCGUGAAGUCUCUCUUAUGAUACUCAUGGCAUACCUUUCAUAUGUAUUAGCUGAAGUUUUUGGAUUAAGCGGAAUCCUUACUGUAUUCUUUUGCGGUAUCGUAAUGUCACACUAUGCUUGGCAUAAUGUCACCAUCAAUUCACAAGUAACUACGAAACAUGCUUUUGCAACAAUGUCAUUUAUUUCCGAAAUCUUCAUCUUCAUGUACGUUGGUAUGGAUGCACUUGAUGUCGAAAAAUGGAAAUUUGUCAAGGACAGUCCGAGAAAUUCUUUUGGGGCAAGUGCUGUACUGUUUGGACUAAUUAUGGUUGGGAGAGCAUGUUUUGUCUUCCCUAUUUCAAUAAUAUCCAACUUAACAACAAAGCCUACCGAUAACAAAAUCGAGUUUAAACAACAGAUCACGGUUUGGUGGGCUGGUCUAAUGCGAGGCGCUGUCUCUGUUGCACUUGCUUAUAAAAAGUUUACUGGGUCUGAUGAACAACAUAUGGAGCCAGCAAAUGCACUUUUGAUAACCAGCACCAUUAUUAUAGUUUUAUUCAGUACUGUGGUGUUUGGACUGUUGACUAAGCCUUUUAUAAACUUGUUGACCAAAUCAUCUAACGUUGACCAAACACAACCAUCAAGUCCAAAGUCAAUCAUGAUGCCACUUCUAGGACAAAGACUUGAUGUAGAAGUUGAAACAGGAGAGGUUGAAACUAGUUUAGAGACUACAACCAAGUUAAAAGUGAUGUUUAGUAAUCCUACUAAUACCAUUCAUUAUUAUUGGAGGAAGUUUGAUGAUGCUUUUAUGCGCCCGGUUUUUGGUGGAAGAGGGUUCAUUUCUUAUGUUACGGGUACCCGUGACAUUGCGUUAACGUGAUGACGUGGCGUUGAGAUGAUGAGUUGGAUUGUGUUAUUGUACAUAGAAAUGAUUUUGUAGGGGAUUUUGUGCAUUGAGAUUAAAUAUUUGUCUUCUUAUAAA